GGGUNACGAACAAUUCUAUAUUUUUUUUUCUGAACCGUUCAUUACAAAGUGGUCAUAAGAAAUUAAUUUUCUGUACGUCUUACUUCGAAUUAGGAACAUUUUCUUUAACAAGCAAGAAGCAAAACACUAAAGUUCACCUUGUAACUUCACACGUCACAUGGUUUUGGCGACAUGAGUUUGUAGGGGAACAUGGAAGAUGUCGGAUGUUUAAGUUUGAAGUCAUUUCAACUCCAAGGGCAGUAGAACAGUCUUAAGCUUAUGAUGAAGCGAAAGUUGUUAUGCCACCAAGUGCUGUCAAUCCUGGAACUCUGGUUCUGGUGUCCAGUGUACCCACUAUUUGUUGGACUUAACUGAAGUAUUUGGUUGAUAUUUUCUUAAAGGUUGCAGUUGCUUUCUGUCCCUGGGAAUGGAGAGUGGCCAUCUGAGUGACAGUGCAUUGUCAGCGUCAACAUCGUAUGACGCCAAUCAUGCUCCUCAGCAAUCUCGCCUCAAUACAGUCCCGAGUAAGGGUAGGGUAGGGGCCUGGUGUGCGCGCAAAAAUGAUCCCAACCAAUGGCUGCAGGUUUACUUUGGACGGGAAACCACAGUGAGCAAAGUGGUGGCUCAGGGGAGGUAUGAUGGUGACCACUGGGUGAUGAGUUAUAGUUUGUCCCACAGUGUGGAUGGUUCUAACUGGGCCUGGUACCGACUCUCUGAUGGACAAAUCAAGGUGUUUGGUGGAAAUGUUGACCGCAACACACCUGUCCAUCACUUACUUCACCCACGCAUCCAAGCCAAGUACGUUCGAUUCCAUCCCAGGACUUGGUAUGGUCACAUCUGCAUGCGAGUUGAGCUGUAUGGAUGCAAUGGUAAGAAAUGGCGAACAGAAUUAAGAAAGCUUUGACGAAAAAAAUAAAAAAGGGAGCCUGUAGAAUUGAAUAAAUCUUUCAGCUUUUAACUUUAUUCGUCGGCGUGACAAAGAUCUUGUUACAAGAUUCCGAGAUAUCUGAGAUCUAGGUUUGAAUUCUGUAGUUUCGAAGAUGUGUACAUGUAGUUUCGAUCGAAGGUCUGGUUCAACUAUGGGAAACAAAAACGGCUAUAAAUAAAGCGAAACGAAAAGAAAAACACUAAAGCGAAAUAAAUGCUUAAAGGGUAAGGUCACUCCAAAACACGUAUAAAACUUCGUGCAAGGUUUUUAUUAACGUUGACAAAAAGUAUUAUUUUCUGUCAGCGCUAAUAAAAACCGUGGACUAAG